AUGAGCCUCAAGGCCACCGAGCAGGCGUUAGCAAACUUGCUGCCUGCCCUCGCCGAAGCGUUGCCCGAUGAGCUGGUUAAGCUGGCCGCAUACCUGCUGGUACAGUCAAGAAGCCAUGGGGGAAGCUUGAAGCCCGAGGAGGAGAUUGCGAGGCCUUAUGCGUGCGCUGAAAUUGCGUACAAAAGGCUGUGCAAAUCGCUCGCUCUCCCCCCAGCAAUCAGUCGCCCGCCAUGCCCUCCCCGAAUAUACAGGAAGCUAUACACAUAUCUAGACCAAGUCCUUUCAAAAUCUGCUAUUGGGCCAAAACGGCAGGAGAACACUGAAUCUCCGGUCCGAACCACCCGUGCAGCAACACGGAAUCAGAACCUGGGUGCGCCUAUUACUCCUCAAAAAACAACCGCAAAGUCUUCACGAUCUUUGCCUACGCCAACUAAACGGCCCCUAGAGAAUACAAAGGCAACGAGGCUAAAGGCCUAUAGAAAAAUCCAAGAUACUCCAUCGUGGGCGAUACCUCUCGUCCGACGUAUAUGCAAAGGCCUUGUACUGCCAAUGUCCAAGUUGGCACCUACCAUUCCUUCAGAUGCGUUUUCAACCUUCACUCCACACAUUUUUGCAGGAAUACCAAUAGUUUUGCGUUUCGCUGCAAUCGAAGUAGAUGACCCCGAGACAGAUCUGGGGUCUGAAGAGCUGGGCUUAUGCACCUUGGUUAGCAACCCAGAAUCAAAGGAUGCCAAAUACCGCGAAGCGAUUAUAACUCUUGCAAUUGCUCUGUAUUUGAUUGUGGCUAGGCGAAGGCUUGCCAUAUCAGAUGAUAGCAAUAAUACCGACUGUUUACAGUUUGGAGCCGACACCCUCAGCGACCUAAUCAGAACAGCACUACUGACUGUGGAUAUGGACUCGCGGACAUUACCGCCUUGGGUUGACCUGUGGAUUAAGCUGAUAUUCAUGCGAGGUUGGAUUGACGGAUGGUAUGAAAAUAUCCAAACAUAUGGAGAUGAAGCUGUACAUGAAGAAAUAGGCGAGGACAGCGAAGACGAAGACCAUGAUAUCAUAAGCCCUAAAAAGCGUAAAUUGAUGAAUCGGUAUACUGCAAAGCUUAGAAACAAUGCUUCACAAAACACCGAUGAGCAGAGGCUGAGGCUGCUGCCUGGAUUGGGCACAAUGAUGCAUGACCGGGUAGAUUGGCUGAGUGAGGACAGAAGGGCGGAAUCAGCGCGAUGGCGGGAGGGAAUCAUGAAAUGGAUACGUGAAAUAAAGACUGACACAGCCACUUAG